AUGGUUCAAAAGAUGGACAUAAACACAGAAGGAUGGAGUAUCUUACUGGCGCACAUGAUCUACUCUCGUUUGGAUUCGUCUACGCUGAAGCAGUGGGAGAAUCAUCAUAAGUCGACGGAGGUUCCAGAAUACCGAAAUCUUAUCGGAUUCUUAAGAAAUUAUGCCAUGGUCCUCCAGUCGAUCUCGCCUGCUAAAUCUCGUAAUUCGGACACCCCAUCUCCUGCUCGGACGAACAAACCGAAAAUUAGUAACAUCCACUCAGUCGUAAGCGCUUCAUCAAAACCAUGCCCGUUCUGCAACCAGGCAUUGCACUCCAUCUUCAAGUGCGAGGCGUUUCGCAAGAAUUCGGUGUCUGAAAGAUACGAUUUAGUAAAACGGAAGGCUCUUUGCAUCAACUGUCUCUCUCCGGAUCACCAGGUCAAAAGCUGCUCAUCUAGUGCGUGUCGCGUUUGUGGCCAAAAACACCACACGAUGCUCCAUCAACAAAACAGCAAUCGCAAUUCAAACCAAUCGCAACCCUCAAGGCCAAACCAAAGUCCACCUAAUUCCGAACAAAUGCAAGUCCAAAACCCGAUCGCAAAGGGCACUCCAAAUCAAACUUUGAGAUCAACCACUUCGGCCGGUCCAUCAGUUCCCGUCAUCGCUCCGUCGCUCAGCCACUGCUCCACCUCCUUGGUCGCAAAUGUCCGCCCGAUACCAUCAACGGUUCUGCUACAGACAGCUCUUGGGAAGAUUAUCGACUCUAGCGGAUACUCAAUGUGGGCCAGAGCUCUUCUGGAUCCAGCCUCGCAGAUUAACGUCAUCUCCGAACGAUUGAUUCAACGGCUGCAUAUUCGGAAGAAUAAGGAUUACCAUACCAUCGGGGGCAUCGGAAGAACAACCACGAUGUCUACUCAUUCUAUACUUCUGUGCAUACGUUCUCAUUGCACGGAGUUCAGUGCUGACUUGAAGUUUCACAUUCUCGGCGAAAUCACGCGCGAUCUACCCUCGAACGCGGUGGAUACGACCAACUGGAAAUUGCCAUCCGAUAUUGUCUUCGCAGAUCCGAAAUUCUACGAACCAUCACCUGUCAACAUGAUUAUCGGAAUGGAGAGUUACUACGAUCUCCUCUUGGAAGGCUUCAUAAAGCUAGGUCCAGGCAAACCUGUUCUGCAGAAAACCCUACUAGGCUGGGUUGUCUCCGGAAGAGUUGGGAUAAACCAACCGUCAAGCUCAACGAUCGUCGCACAUGUAUGCAGUACGCAAGCGUUAGAGGAUCAGUUGGCCAGAUUUUGGGAGAUCGAAUCUUGUCAGUCUUCCAGUACGAUGUCUGUCGAAGAAUCGUCCUGCGAAGCCCAUUUUGCUGCAACAACGACGAGAGAUGAUCUUGGCCGUUUCGUUGUUACUUUACCAAAAAAAUUUGAAGUAUUACAGCAGCUUGGAAACGCUACCCAACAGCCAAACGUCGCCUCCUCUCGCUGA